CGCUCAUCCUCUUUACAGAGUCUGGAGAUUUAGAGAGAGAGAAAGAAGAUGCCGGCUGGACAUGGAUUGAGGUCAAGGACGAGGGAUCUGUUCUCUCGAGGUUUCCGGAAGAAGGGCACAAUCAAUCUGUCAACAUACCUCCGCACUUACCACAUCGGUGAGUAUGUCGACAUCAAAGUGAAUGGCGCUGUUCACAAGGGCAUGCCCCACAAGUUCUACCAUGGCCGCACUGGUCAGGUCUGGAACGUCACCAAGCGCGCCAUCGGUGUCGAAAUGAACAAGCAGGUAGGGCACAGGAUUAUUAGGAAGAGGAUCCAUGUGCGCAUAGAACAUGUCCAGCCAUCAAGGUGUACUGAGGACUUCAAACUGAGGAAAAAGAAGAAUGAUCAGUUGAAGGCAGAGGCCAAGGCAAGAGGCGAAGUCAUCAGCACAAAGAGGCAGCCGGAAGGUCCUAAACCGGGUUUCAUGGUUGAAGGUGCUACCUUGGAGACAGUCACGCCUAUACCCUACGAUGUGGUCAACGAUCUCAAGGGUGGCUAUUAGGUUAGCUCGAUGUUUUUUUUUGGGUUUAUGUGCUGCUGCGAACAUCUGAAGAUUGAAUUUGUGUCACAAUGUUUUGAUUUACUGUUUGUUUGGAGUUACUAUGCUUAAACAUGAGUAGGUACUGGGUUUGUUAUGUUUAAUGGUUUUUUUUUUUUUUAAAUGAAAUUGCUAAUCAAUAUUUUGUUGUGUUUGUGAA